CUUUCUCCAUCACUUUCUGUUUUUCUGAUGGGAGGAUCUAAAACUGAGGCUCUAUAAAUAUGAGCCCAGUUCCACCCUUACAUUCGUCUGAAGAAACGAGCCAAGAAGCCAGACAUCAACGGCAAGAUGAUCAAUACAGAAGUUGUGCUUGAAGCUUUGAACGCGCUCUGCAAUGACGCAGUAGCUAGUGUUCAUAGACAGAGAGCAGAGGAUGGGUCACUGACAGCUGACACCUCUGGAGCUGCUGCCCAGCUGCAGGAGUCCAUGCGAGAGCUGUCCAUCCAGGACUUGAUCCCUAUCACCCUGUGUGGUGUUAGAACCAGGUUCCAGAGUCCUGGAGGAACAGUUAAAGUGGAGCCAAUCUGCAGGGUCGACUUGCCGCAAGACAUCAAUGAAGACAAAGAAACUGGGCAGAUUAUCCUCGAACCAAAUAAUUACCCAUGGUCCAAGGAACAUUUGGAUCCAGGAUUCAACUACGAUUUCUCCAAGUUGAAAGACACAGAGAAUUAUUACAGAGGUGGCGAGCUGUAUGAACGCCCAUGUGGUUGGCAGCGUUUUGCCCUCAAGGUCCUGGAUAAGUACGAGGACAAUACCUGGCUGGGAAACAGGUGGCGCACCACACAGUCAGUGGCAGGGGAGUGGCCGGUGUCCUAUCAUGGGACGGACCAGAAAUUUGUUAAAGCCAUCAUUGAAGAACACUUAAAGGCAGGCCCGCGUAAAGCGUUUGGCAAUGGGAUUUAUUCGACUCCACACAUCGAUAUAGCGGAGGGAUUCGCCAAAGAAUUCACCUCCAAAAAGACGGGCAAGAAAUACAAAGCGAUUCUGCAGAAUCGUAUCAACCCAAAGUACAGGGAGAAACACUACGAAGACAAGUACUGGCUGGUUCCCAUCCCUGAAAAUGCAUCGGAUAAAGAACAGCAGGAGAUCGUUGAAAAGGCCAUCCGUCCUUAUGGUUUGCUGUUACAAGAGAUAUAACAAUGAUCACUUGUUUGUUUCCUGAGCUUUAUUUUGAAAAGCCAGUGGAUGUGUUGUCUGUGAAGUCUGAUGUAGUCAAAUGUAAUCAAGUCUCACUUGCUUGUAAGCCUAUAGAUGAAUACAUACAAUCAAUAACACCCCUACAUGUGGUAUGUAUACUGAAUCGAGGGAUGAAAUCACUUCCUGUGUUCCAUUAUCAAUA